GCUUGUUCUGAGAUGACUGAGAGGUAAGUUAUCACAAUUCAUAUCCAAAAGUUCGACGAUCACGAUACGAUAGAAACAACGACUGCAAAGACACAAGACUAACUUGACUUACGAACCCAUUCCUCGACUUACAGUGACCGUGCAGAAUUUCCGAAGAGGUUGAAACCCCGCACAUGCACCUUUUCCCUUGAUCGAUACAAAGUACCUUGACCCCGCGAUAUCGCCCAAGUCUGCACAACCACAACAUCUACACAACAACAACAUCGUCUUGAGACACCAUGGCGAAAGAAAGUGACGCACCUCAGUUGCCCUUGACGCCUCGAAAGGCCAACGAGCAGUCCCAGGGCUUAUCGCACCACCCAGAAUUCGGAAAACCCUCGCCCCUCCGCCCUGUUCAACACCAACGCCCAGUCCAACGCCCAUCUCACCCCAGUAACCCAUUCAAUAUCCCGAAACCGAACCAGGUGAGAGCGGAACAUCAUCGAGCUCCCCAACCGCGACCACAACCACAACCGCAAUACCCCGCACCUAGUCAGGCCUAUCGUCCGCCUACGACGCCUGGUGCUGGUGUUGCUGCGACACCAAGACGUAACGAGUCAUUCGAUCCGUUUAAGCCCGUCAGACCUUCGGCUUACAAUAACAACCGAUUCUCUCGUCCCGCUGAUAGUGGCGCUUUUGAAAUCAAGCGUCCUGAAAAUGUCACCUUCGGCACCCCACGCGCCCCGAAGACGUUUUUCACAUCGAAGCCGUCGGCAGUGAAAGUGAACAAUGCAUCGAAGAAUCUUAAGAAUUUCGUCGAUUUGACGGGCGAGGGUGGUUUUACGCCUAGCGCGGGUUCGCGGAAUAACGUUGGAUUUGGUUCGUAUGGAGUGGACGACUACGUGGAUACGGCGAAGGCGAACGAGAACAUCCAGGCUCUGUUACAGGGUGCUUUUGAUGAAGAUGAAGAUGAAAAGCAACAAGCCAAGAAGAACAAGAAAAAGAACAAGAAUAAGAAGAGGAAACAAAAGCAGAGGGAGAGUAAGAAGAAGCAGGAUGAUUCCCAGGAUGCUUCUCAAGAUGCCUCUGAGCUUGAUGAUCUGGCUGCUCAGUUGGAGGGUAUUACCGUCAAGGAACCUAAGUCUACGGAACACGACGAGGAUGAGAAGAAGGCGAAGGCCAUCAAGUCUCCAGCGAUCGAUAGUGAUACUGAGGAAGCAAGCGAUGACGAAUCUGAAUCGAAGGCCGGCAGAGCCUCUGUAGACACUGAAUAUGAGGACAAAGAGGUAGUCUCCGACGAAGAAGAGGAAGACGAAGCGGAAAAAGAGGAAGAGGAAGAAGAGGGAGAGGAAGAAGAGGGAGAGGAGGAAGAGGAGGAAGAGGAGGAAGAGGAUGAUGGAACCGUCGAGGGCUUGAAUGUCAAACUGCUGCCUCACCAGCGAGAUGGUGUGAGCUGGAUGCGCGAUAAAGAACUCGGCAGGGGCAAAGGAACGGUCCCCAAAGGCGGCAUCCUUGCAGAUGAUAUGGGUCUCGGAAAGACGGUUCAAACCAUCGCCUUGCUGCUCACUAACACCAAACCUGAGAGUGGAAAGGUCAAAAAAAAUUAUGAUUCUGAUGAUGAAUCUGAUGAGGAAGAGAAACCGAGAAAAUUGCCUCCUGGUCUGAGCAAGUCCACCCUUGUAGUCGCCCCAUUGGCACUUAUUAAACAAUGGGAGGGAGAAAUCGCAUCCAAGGUUGAGAAUACCCACAAGCUUCGCGUGUGCGUCUACCACGGCAACACCCGAGCCAAGGCAACCGAUAACCUGGAAGACUACGACGUGGUCAUCACCACCUACGGCACUCUGACUUCCGAACAUGGGAAAGGCGGCAAGUCGGGCAUCUUCUCUGUCUACUGGUACCGCAUCAUCCUGGACGAAGCCCACACCAUCAAGAACCGAAACGCCAAGGCCACCCAAGCCGCAUGCGCACUGGACGCAGAGUACCGCUGGUGUCUUAGUGGAACGCCCAUGCAGAACAACCUUGACGAGCUGCAGAGUCUCAUCAAGUUCCUCCGCAUCAAACCUUAUAAUGACUUGGCCGCCUGGAAGGAGCAGAUUGGAAGGCCAAUUGCCAAUGGUCGCGGACAGCUUGCGAUCGAACGCUUGCAGAUCUUCCUGAAAGCAUUCAUGAAGCGACGUACCAAGGAUGUCCUCAAGCUCAACGACAACCUCAAGCCAGGCGAAGAUGGCGGUGAAAAGAAGCAAAAGUCCUCUGGAUUCCAGAUCACCAAGCGAGAAGUCAUCAAGGUGGCGGCAGAGUUCAUGCCGGGUGAGAUGAACUUCUACAAGCGUCUCGAACAGCGUACCGAGAACAGUCUUGAGAAGAUGAUGGGCGAUAGUAAGGUCGACUAUGCUGGUGCUUUGGUUUUGCUGCUGCGUCUUCGUCAGUCGUGCAACCAUCCUGAUUUGGUGAAGAGCGAUCUUGCCAAAGACAAGGACAUCUUGCUGCAGACUGGUCCUUCUGAGAAGAAAUCGUCGCAUGGGAAGAAUGACGAUUUAGACAGCGUGGCUGAUCUGUUUGGUGCGCUCAGUGUUGUCACGAAGAAGUGCGACGUUUGUCAAACGGAAUUGAGCAAGGAGGAAGCCAGCAGUGGCAUCAGCCGGUGCGGCGAAUGCGAGAGCGAUUUGAAAGCUACGCUUGGUGACAAAGAGAUGAGCCAUAAAAAGAGGAAGUCCAAGAAGGUAGAUGCUGUGGAUCUCACGGACUCGCCUUCUGCCAGUCGCCAGGCUGCUCGUGCCCGUCGGAACAGAAAGAUUGUCGUGGAUAGUGAUGACGAGGACGAGGAAGACGGCGAUUGGGUUGUUCCCAAGGCUCAGCGCGGAGUGAAGAACUUCGGGAAGGCCGGUGGUAGUGAUGAUGAAGAUGCAGAGGGAGGCGGCGAAUGGCUUGGCUCUGAAGACGAAGACUCCGACAGCGAUGAUGAAGGACCGGAAUCACCUACCAAGAACCACACGAGAUCUGUCACUCCCCAGAUUCAGAGUUCCGAGUCGGAGUCCGAUGAUGAUAUUUAUCUGAGUGCGGGCGAUGAUGAGGAUGGCGACAAGAGAAUCCUUCCGUCAACCAAAAUUCGACACCUCAUGAAGAUUCUGUCGCGUGAAGCACCGGAUUUUAAGUUCAUCGUGUUCUCGUGCUUCACGUCGAUGCUGGACAAGAUCGAGCCGUUCCUGAACCGAGCAGGCAUCGGAUAUGCGCGAUACGACGGUAGCAUGAGGAAUGAUCAUCGUGAGGCGAGUCUGAACAAGCUGCGCAGCAACAGUGGAACCCGCGUAUUGCUUUGCAGUUUGCGGGCUGGUGCUUUGGGACUGAACCUAACGGCGGCUAGUCGCGUUGUGAUUCUGGAGCCAUUCUGGAACCCGUUUGUGGAAGAGCAAGCGAUCGACCGUGUGCACCGACUCAACCAAACGCUCGACGUGAAAAUCUACAAAAUGAUCGUCAAAGACACUGUCGAAGAACGAAUUCUAGACUUGCAAGACCGCAAACGCGAACUCGCCAACCUCACGAUCGAAGGCAAGACCGCAGCAGCCAAGCUGACGAUGACGGAUAUGAUGGCGCUGUUUGGUCGAGAUGCUGAGUCGCGGUAUGCAGGAAAACAGGGGGACCUGGACCUGAAACAGCCGGCGGUACUGGUGCAGGCGACGGACGAGACUGGUGGAAUGCGGACGAUGGGAUCGAAUAACACGCGGGACCGUGAGCGCCCGCAGACGAAACGAGUGCCUGCUCGUGAGGAAAAUUCAGUGUAUGGACGAAGGUGGUAGACAUAAUUUGACGAAUGUGGCGUUUAGAAUGUGAUCAAGGAUAUACAUGGUUGGCUGGAUCUAUUUUCAGGAUGGGGAUAACGAAUUGAUCAACUACACUACGAAUCUGACAGCCCAAGAAUCUGGUGCAACUGAGUCAGUCAUUCCGUAGACCCCUAGCCAGUAACUCGGGGGGAAGCCAAUUGGGUUUACACUAUGGACGAAGAUCGGAUUCGCAAUGAAACGGCCAAUUGAUGGAUCAGAAGAUAGUAUUAAGAUC